AUGUCGACUGCGACGCGCAGGGGCUGGCUGCCGCGAGAAGGAUUCACGGCUGAUCUUGUCGGUGCUUUCAUCAAGAGCACGCUUCUGCACCCUGGGAAGACCCUGCUAGCGCUGCUGGUGGUCCAGUAUUAUGCCCCGUCAGGUCGAUAUCUUGGCCGCCACCAUCCGACAGCCCUCCGGGCGCUGCGGGUUUUCCUCGUCCUGGGCUUCCUCCGCGCCUUCAAUGCGUGGCUGAGCCGGCGAGCCAUCAACAACGGCGCGUCGGACCGGUACGACUGGCCGCGCGAAGUCGUCGUCGUGACGGGUGGCAGCGACGGCAUCGGCAAGCAGAUCGUGCUGCUGCUGGCGGCGCGGGCCAAACCCAAGAUUGCCAUCCUCGACAUCCAGGAACCGCGAUACGACCUGCCGGACGGCGUCCGUUUCUACCGCUGCGACAUCAUCAACUCCGAAGCCAUCGCGGCCGCCGCUGCCCAGAUCCGGACGGACCUGGGCGCGGACCCGACGGUGCUGAUCAACAAUGCGGGCAUCCUCAUCGCUCGCCCAAUGCUCGAGGGCACCGAGGCCGAGACCCGGCUGACCUUUGAGGUCAACACGCUGUCGCACUACCGGCUGGCGCGCGAGUUUCUGCCCGCGAUGGUCUCGCGCAACCACGGCAUGGUGGUGACGGUCGCCUCGCUGGCGGGCCUGGUGACGGUCUCCAAUAUGGUCGACUACGCCGCAAGCAAAGCGGCCGCCGUCGCCUUCCACGAGGGGCUCGCCACAGAGCUGGUGACGCGGUACGGGGCGCCGCGCGUGCGGACGGUGCUUGUUACUCAGACGUUCACGCGGACGCUCCUCCUUGGCGUCAUCAGCCCCGAGCACAGCUUCACCAGUCCGGUGCUGGAGCCAGAGACGGUGGCCGAGGCCAUCGUCGACCAGGUCCUGACCGUUCUGCCUCAGGCAGUGUCCCGCCGGCACGUGGUCUCCCAGCCUCCCGCUGGCGAGUUUAACUUAACGACUUCAGCCAGCCUCUUCUUCCACCUCGCUUCUUCUUCUUCUUUCUCUCUCCUCAGCCUGUGCAUUCCUCGCGUUCCGACCCACCGGCCGCCUCUUAGCCGCCUCGGCAGCAACCAGCUUCAACCACGGUUCAGCUUGUUUACUCCCAGUUCCCGCUCGUCUCGUCGCAGAGCCGCUGACGACUACGAUGGCCGUUCUACCACGACCACCUCUUCUUCCCACCGCCGUCAUCGCGCUGACUCCAAGCGUUCUUCUGCCUCCACUGGUUCCUCGAGCCGCAAGUCCACACGGGGUGACGACCGUAAUCGCGGCUUGGGCGAUCUGACUUCCGGCCGGAGGGCUCCUCCCAGCAUCGCGGGCGAGUCGACGGCCUCGACCUACGCCUCGACCUAUGCCUCGACCUAUGUCACCGCCGAGCCCGGAUCUUACGAUGGCUCAGACACGAUCAUCGUCGAACGCGAACCGCUGUAUGUGGAGGAGGAUGAUCGAAGUAGGACAUCAGAGCGGAGUCGCAAUCGGGAGCGGCGGCGCGAUCGCUCCGAGAGCAGAGAUCGCGACUCGAUAAAGGAGCGCGGGGAUGCGAAGGAUCGCUCCUCCAAGGAGAAGGAUAAAGAUAGUGACGAUCGACAAGGCAGUCGCAGAGAGCGCGCACGCACUCGGUCCGGAGACGACCUCGGCGAGGUGUCGAGAGCACCUCCAACCUCGACUGCUACCGCAGCAGGACAUUUUGCGGCUGAGAUCGCAUCCCCGGGAUUUAAUCAAUUCCCCAUGCAGUAUGAUACCACUACGUCGGGGCCACUCCCUGCGCCAUACCCUCAAUUCGAUCCUCAUGUCCAGCAUCAAUUUCCCAGCCAAUUUCAGCCCUACCGUCCGCCCAACCCAGCGGGCGAAGCCGCCGACUAUUACGGCGAUCAGGGCCAAUCUGUAGUUACGCAGCCAGGUGUCCGUCCGCGUCCACCAAAUAUCAUCGUGGGCACUCAGCCGCAUCUGCAGACUCCGUCAACUGUCCCCAAUCCGCCCCCGGAACCGAGCAGUAUGGGACAGGUCGGCGCAGCAGCGGAGUAUUACGGGACCAGCGCCUCUACCAGUACCAGCACCUCCACCGGCGCCUCGGAUGUGCCGCCAUCCACGUCUACGCCUCCUACAUCUACGCCCUCCAAACCGUCUAAGCCAGGGAAGCCAUCGAAGCCGUUGAAGCCUUCGAAGCCGUCCUCUGGGGACUCUACCGCUGCCGCCGCUGCUGGUGGAACUGUGACCUACGGUAUCGGGUUGGAGAGCCUCAACCAGACGAGCUCGAGCCAUCCAGUCAUGUCGGGAGGCCUGUCCGUUCCGUCGAAUUCCCAAACAGCGGGACCCGUCCUCCAGCAGAACGGCGCUUCGUCGUCGAACGGGAUAGGUGCGGCAUUGGGCGCAGCUGCCGUGGGUGCCGCGGCAGGUUAUAUGAUGAGCAACCAUCAUCACCAGCAAUCCUCCUCCUCCAGCCACGAAUACACGGGUCACCAUCACAGCUACAGUAACAGUAAUGAUUCCUACGGCAUCGGACUCCCUUCCCAAUCUGGCAACUAUAAUUCUAAUGGUAAUGCGGGUCUGUAUGCGGCGGGCGCCGCUGCACAGAGCAUGCAGCCCUCUCCAGGUGCCCCUCCACCUAAUACUUAUUCCUCUGGUGGGCCCGGCCCGUUCCAGUCUGGAUCGCUGGCCUUCCAGCAGCAACAACAUGGGCCCUUGCGCAAAUUCAUUGACUUCUGGAGGGACCCCGAAGGUGUAGGCAAGUUCGAAGAGUAUACGGAGGCCAUUGGCGUCUGCAAAUACUGUUUCGAGCCCGGAACCACGUCCCGAGACGCGCCCCGAAAGCACCACUACAAUCGCCGGCGGCGAUCCUCCCCCAUCGUCGACCGCUACGGUGGCAGCAGCAGCCGCGUGGACAAGUGGAGUCGUUACAGUUCCUCCGAUGACGAGAGCCGGCGGAAGAAGUCGAGGAGCUCAUGGAUUGGAGGAGCUUUGGCCGGAGGACUGGCGGGCUAUUUGGCCAAGUCGCUCUUCGGCAGCAACAAGGACUCUGAUGACACGUACACCGUGCAAUCGGGACGCCGCCUCGAAUCCAGAGCGUCGGACGUCAGCUCGGCGUCGUCGGGCAAGGCUAGCUCCAUCUCUCACGGUGUCGCUACACGCUCUCGACGCAGCAGUGAGAGAAGGUCAGUCAGUGAGGGCAAGUUGUCAGUAAUCCGGGAAGAGAUCAAGUCUUCCUCCUACAAGACCUCCCGUCGAUCGUCGCGCUCACGAUCCAGAUCGCCGUCCGGGCACAGUCGUCGGUCUUCUGGUUUCAAGGAAGCAGCGCUGGCUGCUGCCAUCGGGUCAGCGUCGGCCGCGUCAUUGGUGUCCUCUCGCCGUCGGAAAUCGCAAUCGCCGGAGCGACUUCACGUCAAAGGACGGCGCAAAUCCGGGCUCAGCGGAUUCAAAGAGUUCUUUACUGCACCAUCGGCCAACAACCGGAAGAAGCGUCGUGUCAAAAAGCGAGUUGGGGGACAGAUUUAUUCCUCGAGCUCGUCAUCCUCGUUUGACGCCGAUCUGGCGUUUGGCUCCGAGAUCUCUCGUCCAAGCGUGAGCAGCAGAUCGAGCAAGUCCAGCAAGUCCAACAAGUCUGGCAAAAAGCGAUCCAGUCGGGACGUGGACGCAGAAAUCUUGGAACUCGAAAUUGAAGCACGAGAGCUCGCUCACGCUUCCUCCAGAAAGAAACUUUCUUCCCGGCAUCUCAGCUCUCGUCGAGUGGAAUCUUCUACUAUCGUCACGGGUGCCGACGACGAUGAUGAGUGGGAGGAUGCUGAUUCGGAAGACUCCGUGUCAUCGGCGUUGGCAUACGGUGACAGUGCGCUUUUUGGCAGCCCGUCGUCCGACUCCUCAUCCUCAGGCCUGUCAUUCUGGCCCUGGAGAUCGCGCAGCAAGAAGGAGAAGAAGAAGAAAAAGAGGGAGGAGCAGCGGCAGGUUUCCCCCGGCGUCUCAGAGGAAUACGUCGCUGCCGCUGGCUCGGCAUAUGCAUCUAGUAGCAUGAAUAGUCUUCAACAGGUCUAUCCUGUGUCCACGUCCGACCCUUCUCGAUUUGAUGCGUCUCCCAAUGGGCAACCACCUGUUGUCCGCCCUGGACCGAUCACCAUCCAGCAACCGCAGCCUGUCACCCCAGUCUCUCAAUCGGUCUACUACCAGACGUCCCCAGGAGCUACCGGUUUCACCGAUUCACCCACCUCUCAAUAUGCUUCUCAGUGGGAUGAAAAGGCUACUCGAGAUAUCCCUCACCGUCGGAGCAACUCAUCGCCUGUUCUCCCGGCCUCUCCUCUCGACGUGGUCCCAUCUUCUAUCUUGAAGCGUUCGUCCACGACGAAGGAUUCAACCGUUCAAUUCGAUUUGACCGAAGAGCAAGAGGACAAGGAAAGGCGAACCGAUCGUCGUGAGAAGAAGCGACAAGAGAGUAGGCGGGAGGAAGCCCUCCGACUGCUCGAGGAGGAAGAAGAGGCUCGGCGUCGUGAAAGGAAAGAAAGAAAACGGGAAGAGGAGCGGCGCCUGCGUGAAGAGGCCGAAGCAGAACAGGCGGCGCGGGACGCACGCCGCGAGAGACGCCGUCGAGAGAAGGAAGACUAUGCAUAUGAAAAGAAUAAGGAAAGAGACGAUCGUUCUUCCUCCUCCUGGGUCGGCCCAGCUGCUGCAGUUGGCGCGGUCGAGGCUGCUGCUGCCGCGAGUGUUCUAGUCGACAAAGCCUUCGAAGAGGGUCAAUCGCAGUCUGGCAAGAGUCGACAUGAGGAGCGUCGAGACAAGCGCCGCUCAGAGCGACGUCGUGCUUCCGAGCGAGACGACAACGCUGUCGAACUAACUCGCAAUGAUGUCCCGCAAGCGGUUAAUGAAGACCAGCAAAAGGAGAGGCCAGUCGCAAAAAUUGCAGCGUCCCGCAUUAUCGGAAAUGUGAGUCCUGUUUACGAUAGCUAUAAGGAGUUUUUUACUCCAGAGGAGCUCCGACAUAGAGCCGAUAACCACUCGACCCGCUCUGAUUCGGCGAAGCGGUCCCCUAAUAUCGUCGAAGCUGUGCCCGCUAGUGAGAGGUUCAGGCGAGAGAUGGAGUUGUGUGGUGAAAAAGAUGCCUCUGAAAAUCAUACUAGGCGGCCUGAUCUCCCUUGGCCCGUCCCGCGACUGAAUGUUAUCGAACCGACUCCCCCUCAGAGUCAGGAUGGCUCCGUCCGAGAUGUCCACUCUCCUCCUGUUCCUCCUCCGGAACCAACGAGAGGCGGAAAAACCGAAGAACACGAGGAAGCUCAAUCGAGCAGACGGUCGACGACAGGAACACGUGUGUCGUGGGGGGAACACCAGACUCACGAAUAUGAGGUUCCCACUCCGUCAUCCGAUAAAGAGGAUUCUGUGAGAGAGGCUGUGUCCGAAUCCUCGCACCGUGAAUCUAUCCUCACAGCUAUCAGAGAAAAGAUAGGCGAUGAUAGUAAGACCACAGGCAGCUUUGGCAAUGAUCCUGAAUUCGCGGCUACUUUGGCUGCGACUGCCGCCAUUGCUGGUUUUGACCCUUCCGUCGUGACCGACGAUUCGAAGUACUACCGAAGGGAUUCUCCUCCAGGGUCUGAGCUUCCAGGCACUUACCGCGCUCCUGAGGUUCAAAGCGUGCAGGAUUCGGACUUGAGGCCCAACACACAGCCUCCAGAGCCUUCGGAGCCUCGUCAUUUCAUCGAAGGCCAGGAAUUCUCCGCGGAGCCGGAGAUGAUGGAGUCGACGUCACCGGGAGACACGGAUGAUGCUGUAUUCCACGAAGCUCCAUCAUCUAUUGCCCGCGAAGUGAUUGAGCAUCUGAAUGCGAAGAAGGAGUCUGACGGAGAAGAACGGUCCAGACGUAUUGCCGAAGUUUAUGUGCGCUCUGGCGACGACGUUGGCUCCGUCGCUGCUUCGGCGCCCGAGUUCGACGAGCUGCAGAAGACCAAGAAAUCCAAGUAUGAGUCUGAGACAAGUAGAUCUGUGGCAUCUGCUCCCAUAGGUGAUGAUGGAGAAAAGCACAAGAAGUCCAAGAAAUCUCGACGCAGUGGCGAUGAUAACGUGCCCGCUUUGGACGACUCCGAUGAGAAGCGAGAGCGAGACAAGAAGUCGAAGAGGGACAGUGGUGCUUCUGAAUCCUACGAUGAUGCAAAGUCAGUUGCAGCAUCCGGUCCCGGUGCAGAUGAGCUCGAUGACAACGCGCAAUCUGAGUCGAAGCGUAGGUCCAAGAGCGGACGCGAUAUCUUGGACGAUGACAGUCGUUCAGCUCCUGGUGGGGAUGACGACUAUGAACAUCGUAGACGCCGUCGCCGGUCGAAGCGUGAGAGCGGCGAGUUUGACGAGACCGCCUCCGCCGCUUCAUCACCGGCCAAGAUCGAGGAUUCCCGAGAGAAACGUCGAAGUCGCGACGCCUCCACCUCUAAGGACAAAGAUAAGGACCAGGAGAAGAAGAGCGUCGGGUUCCUCAGCAAUCUUUUCGGCUCGCGAAGCACGGUGGAGUCUACCUCGUCCUCUUCUGACAAAGGCGAUUCUCGCGACACGCGAUCAGAGGCUGGAGCGGACGAGCACGAAUCUAGACGUAGGCGAAAGAAGAGGUCGUUAGGGCAUCGCAGUUCCAGCGGUGAUGGCAGCAGCGGUGCCUUGGCCCUCUCCAGCGACGCAGCGCAGUCCAUGAUAGAUAGCUCACAGCUGGACAAACCCGAUCAACAAGAGCGAGAUCCAGAAAGGGCUGAUGACGGCGAAGUUGCUGAGUUUUUCUUUUUGCUCCAUUUACAGGAACAAGAGCCCGUCGCCGAUGAUGACCGUGAGAAUCAAUAUGAUGACAAGACGCAGUCUUUUUUAGAGGAGCGCCCCGAAAUGCUACCAACGACCACUAGUGCUGAAGACCUUAAUAAAGGUGGUAAUGUUGAUAAUGGUGGUGCUUCGGGGCUCCUUACUUCUUCUGCAGUGGCUGCAGCAACGGGACUGGGCGUUAUUCUCCCUGACCAACAGCGAGAACAGGACCAACUGCAGCAACAAUCUCGACGAUCUAGAAGCCAGUCGGUUUCACCUGUGCCAGGCGCGAAAGAGGUUAAUCUACCUCCCAAAGCUCAAAGUAGACCGCCUUCUCCUGGUCCCAGUCAGGAUCCAGGACUGCGGUCCGGACGUUUUUCGAUGCGGCGAAUGUCGGACUCGCCCACAGCGAUUCCAUUGAACUUCCGCAAACCGCCUUCCUCUCCCAACUUCCAGCGUCGUCAGUCAAUGACUUCUCCUGUUCCGUCGCCUAGCUCCCCCAGGACCGGUCGCCGUCGGCCCAGCUCGGUCGAGUUCAAGAAUGCGCGGGAGUAUCGGCCCCUGUGGCUUGUGGAACGGCACAGUUCAGGUAAAUUCGACGUGGAGCCAGAAGGUCCGCUACCAUCCCUACCUUCAAACAGAGGCUGGGGACGUGCGUCUGUUGGACUGCGGAUCUCUACUGACCGCGCCCCUACGGACGAUGCUGAUAUUUUGGACUCGCAGCAGCCGACCCCAACCCAGAACACAUACCGGCAGAUCGGUCCUCCUCCGACCAAGAGAGAAAACCUCAAGUACGAGUUCCAUUCACCUUCGGAGCUCCUGCAAGAUCCGAGCACUUUAAAUCCGGAAAUCCGAGGUGUACCGUCGACUCUCGAGACCUUGCCUUCCGUUGAAAGCUCGGUGGUGGGUGAGAAAGAUGUCAACAUCCAGCGAGAGGAGGAGAAGGGUGAAGCUAGAUCUUCAACGCCUCCUUCUGACGGACACGAGGAAGAACGCAAACAACCGUCAAAUGCAGCCGCAUCCUUUUUGACAGGUGCCGGCUUUGCCUCUGUCGUGGACGCGGCUGUCGCUGCCGCUGUCGAUCACCGCCUCGAAGUUGAAAAGAAAGAUGAGACCAAAACAGAUGAAGUGACCAUGCUUCCAGAGCAAACAGAGACCAAAUCAAUGCCCAUAGCCGAAGAGAGCCGGGACGAUGUGCCAGCCUUCGAACAGAAUAAGGAGUUACAACAUGAAGCCGUCCCAUCCCUAGAACGACCUUCUGAAGAGCGCGGCAUGUCCCCCUUCGCGCAAGCGGGCGCAGCACGGUUUGCUGCCAUCGUAGAUGCUGCGGUUGCAGCAGCUGUUGAGCAGGCGGAGGUAGACCACAAGCAAAGUCUUGACCUUGAUAACGAUGAAAACAAAGACCUGCCAGGAGACGUCCAGGAACCCUCUUACGGUAGGGACGAUAUUGAGGCAGGUGAACGCACGGCACAAGAGCAGCCUAGGGAGCUAGAGCAGCAGCAGCUUCCUCCGUCCACCGACCAACAUGAAGAGCACUUCGUGGAUGUCGUUGAAGAAGCAGUCAACGCGGCCGAGAAUGCAGAAACGCGUGAGCCAGUGUCUCUCCAAGAGGAAACUAUUGAAGAGGUCACUCCUGGACCUGAACAUCUGACCGUGCAACCAGCGGAAGAGGCAACGGUUGAUGAUUUUGCGCCAGCUAAUUCUGCUUCCAAGAAGAAGAAAAAGAAGGACAAGAAGGCUGCAAAGAAGACGCCCAGUCUGGACCUUGACGCUGGUGCUGCGGAAGACAAUGAGCAGACUGCAGCUCCUCCUCCUGAGACUGUUGCAACAGAGGCUCCCUCGGUGGAAACUGGCGACGGCGAGCUUCCCCCAAAGGCCGAGUCGGAACGGGCCGAACCUUCUCUCCAAUCUGCUGAGCAAGAAGAUAAAGAGAUUGCAAUAACUGCAGCCCCCGUCAUUGCCACUGUUGAAGAACAGGCACCUGUUCUGAUUUCCUCCAGCGACGAGAAACCUCCUGAGAUUUCUCCAGAGCAAUUGUCCGCUGUUGAAAACGCAAACGAGGGAAACGCUCGUGUUGAUGUUUACACCGGGGUGGAUGGCCAAGCUGUGGAGGCAACCGACGCGGAAGCGGUCAGAGCCAUGGAAUCCACCCUGGCGGAAACGGACAUGCGGUCAAGCCCUACGGUGGAGCAACCCGAGACCAAUGACGGUACACCACAUAUGCCAGCGGAGCCUGAGGAAGAAACCUGGUCGACCACAACAACACAAAACAGGAAGAAAAAGGGCAAGAAAAAGAGACAGAGCCUGGUUUCUACGACGGUCGCCAAUGAGGGGCCAGAGAAAUCCGAAGAAUCCACUGUGGAACAAUUACAGCAGCCGACCGCCGAUGAGGCAAAAGCCGCCGAAUCCCAAACAGGUGAAAAUGAUUCACCUGUGGACUCCCCAAACAAGGAAAGCCCUGAAACAACAGAGGAGAAGAAGGAAGGCGAGGACUUCACCAUGACUCCCGCACAGAAGAAAAAGGCCAAGAAGGACAAGAAGAAACGCCAGUCACUGACAGGGAAUGAAGAACCUGCUUCGGAGCCAGCUCAAGCACCUGUCGAAGCAGAUGUUCAACCAUCCGAUGAGACUGUCGUAGAGGCUGCUACUGUUCAAGACGGGGUUCCUAUUCAGGGAGAGCAACUUGCACCAGAUACGCAAGAACAACUAGCGGUGUCCGAGCCUCACCCUAUUGAGGAAACGCCCAAGGAAGAAGUGGAGGAGUUCUCGUCAGCCAAGUCUAAGAAGAAGGCAAAGAAAGACAAGAAGAAACGCCAAUCCCUAGGAUUGGCCGAGGAGCCAGAACUACCAAAACAGGAGCCUACUGAGAGCACUGCACGGCCAACUGAUGAGGCUGCUGGUGUUGAAGAAGCCAAUGUUGGUCAAGAUGUGCCCGUUCAAGAAGAGCAAUUGAGACCAGACACACAUGAUCCCUCGACAGAGUCUGCGCCCCCGCCCCCUGAGGAGACAACCAAGGAAGUAGUAGAGGAAUUCCAGGAGGAUUUCCAGUCAUCCCCCGAGCCUCAACAACAGGAGCCUGCUGAGAGCAUUGUGCAGCCAAAUGAUGAAGGUGCUGGUAUCGAGGAAGCUAAGGCUGGUCAGGAUGAGGUGCCUCUUCAGGGAGAACAACCUGUAUCAACUACACAAGAACAACCAGUCGUGCAUGAGUCUCAGCCGACCGAAGAGACGACCACAAAGGAAGUAGUGGAGGAAUUCCAGUCUGCUAAGUCCAAAAAGAAGGCAAAGAAAGAGAAGAAGAAACGCCAAUCUUUGUCUUUGGAUGAGGAACCCACUGCUGAAGCGACUCAAGAAUCCCCUGGAUCUAUUGCACCAGCGUCCGAUGCGACACCUGCUGUGGCGGAGGAAAUUCCUCCUCCUCAAGGUGAAGUGGCUGACAAAGAGGAAACAACGGCUCCAAAUGUUCACGAACAACCUGCCAUACUUGAGCCUCAGCCCUUCGGAGAUUCUCCUAAGGAAGAGGUUGAGUCAGCAGAUUCUAAGAAGGCCGAAGAAGACAAGGAGACGGGCCAGUCUUUGCCGUUAGUCGAAGAGGUUCCUGCUGAACCGGUACAGAAAUCAAACGAAGCCUCUGCAGUUGAGAAUCCUUUGCAGACUCCAUCCGUGGUGGCAGAUACUACUCCUUCGCACGCCAAUGAACAAAGCUCUCAAGGGGAAGCAGUCGUCUCAGUGGAACCUAACACUAAUGAGCCUGAGCGAAAUGAAGAGCCUCAACAGGACGAAUUCGAGGAAUUUCAAUCUUCGAAGUCAAAGAAGAAGGCCAGAAAAGACAGAAAGAAGCGACAAUCCCUACAGGGGGGCGAGGAGGUUCCUGAUGAAACAAAACAACAAACGGCUGAGGCUUCUGCAAUCGAGACUCAGACUCCUCAAGAGGCUCCACCUGCUGCGGAAGUUGCUGUUAGUCCAUCUCAGGAUGAACAAGGUUCCCGAGAAGAGUCCGCUGCGCCAGAAGUGGAAAAUAAAGAGAUUGAUGUAGCUGUCCCAACAGAAGCCUCCGUUCCUCCGCCUGAACAGACCGAAGAACCUCCAAAGAAUGAGCCUGAAGAGUUUCAGUCUGCUAAGUCAAAGAAGAAGGCGAAGAAGGAGAAGAAGAAGAAGCAGCAAUCCCUUGCUUUGGAUGAAGAACCAACUCCUGAAACGACAGAGGAUGUCGCCACGUCUUCUGCGAUUGACAGCACUCCGCAGGCUGAAGCUGUCUCCGUCAGCCAGGAAGAUGCAAACGGUGAACCAGGCACUCAACAGCAUCAAUUCGAGUCUGAGGCUGUAAAGGUCGAAGAAAAUGAACAACAGCCUACAGAAGAGCAGACAUCUGCAGCUGAAAUUCCACCCACUGAAGAGCCACUCGCAAAGGACGAAGUGACGGUGGAAGAGUCCCAGACAGCGAAGUCUAAAAAGAAAGCAAAGAAGGACAAGAAGAAGCGACAAUCGCUGGUCAGGGAUGAAGAGCCAACCGCAGAGUCUGCAAAAGACCAUGGUGAAGGAGCUGUUGAAACUGCUGCGGUUCCUACCAGCGCGGAAGAGGUUCCUGCGCCUCAGGAUCUCGAUGUGGCUGGAUCUGUUCCUCGAGAAGAAUCAACGGCAACUGAUAGCUUGCAGACAGAGGACAUGCCCGACAAGGAUAACCUAGAGUUACAGGCGCCUGAGACUGGUCCUCAACAGGAUCAAGCUGAGGAGCCUACUGAGCCUGCCGCCGAUACCGUCGAUCAAACUUCAGCUGUGGAGCCUUCUCAGGCGCCUCUCGAGGAAAUUAAACAAACAGAACCUCGUUCUCAAGAACCUGCUGCUGAAACACCGACAGCAGAGAAACCUGCAGAAGAAGAUGCUGGAGCUUUUCAGUUCCAGUCCGCAAAGUCCAAGAAGAAGGCCAAGAAGGAGAAGAAAAAGCGGCAAUCACUGCAGGGAGAUGAGGCACCUACUCAGGUAGAAGGAACGGCUGCUCCUGCCAUUGAACAAACCAAGGAGCCUACAAUUACGACUGAGAAUCCAGAAACCCCCGAGACGGGGGUGACUGCGGAUGAGUCUGGGCCUCAAACAAUCGAAGGAGUCGGUGACCAUGAAUCAACAGCAGAAGCGGAGUCCACGCCCGCUGUCGAACCUUCGGAAAAUGGGAUCUCAACAAUAACGUCUGAGCCGGAGGUUAUAACUCCCGCGGAAAAUGAAGGUCAACAGGGAACUCCUGCAGAACCAGAGGAGGGGUUCUUAUCAGCAAAGGCUAAGAGAAAAUUGAAAAAGAAUAAACGGCAGAGUUUGGACGGCAUUGAAGAGGAACCCGCUGCCACCGUUGAGGCCGUGCAAGAGGCUCAAGGUGAGAAAGAAAAAGAAGCAGGCACAGAAAGUAUUCAACCGCAAGAGCAGGAUAUUGGACCGCUACCCGAGAAAUCCACUACCGACGACAGUCAAGGUUUCAUGUCGGCCAAGGAAAAGAGAAAGGCCAAGAAAGAUAAGAAGCGCCGGUCGUUAGCCUGGGUGGACGAAGUCUCAGAAGCUCCUCCAGAAGAAGGGGCGAAGGCAACAGUUACCGAACAGACAGAGAGUCCAGCAACCGUUGAUCCCGCCCAAGACAUCGUUACGCAAGCAACAUCCUCCGAGAAAGACGUUCUUCACGAACCCGAGCCACAUGAGCCGGAGACCGCACCGCAGGAGACACCUGCUGAAGCCGACGGUAAAGAAACUUUUCAGCCUUCCGACAAGAUUGAGACCGACAAGAGGGGAAAGGACACCGAUUGGACUGAUGACAUGGCUUCGCAGGUAGAACCCAAGGAAGAAGAAUCUCCUUACCCGGUGCCUUCCCCGACAUUAGCUGAACCCCCUGAACCUAAACCCGAAAUUUCUUCCGUCCCAACCUCUUCCGUAGCAGAUCAAGAAGCCCGCGAGACUACGACGUCGGAUGUUGUGAUAGAAAGCCAAUCCCUUGCUGCAGAUGAGAGCGCGGAAGUUGUGAAGGAUGAAUCUCCCACGGAGGGUGUUACUGCUGCUGCUCCAAGUCCACUGGUGCAAGCAGACGAAGGCGAUCCAUGGACGAGUUCCAGCAAGAAGAAGGGGAAAAAGGAGAAGAAGAAGAAGAAGCGCAAAACAGCUUCCUCUGUAGGUGGGAUUCAAAUCCCGGAGGAGCAGACUGCGCCGUCAGCUGCCACCGAAGAAACCAAAGAGCCUGUCGUGGUUGAUGUGGCAGAAGAAACCCAACCUGCCUCCGAGCAAAGCAAGACUGUUAUACCUGAAGAGAAGGCUGCUCUUGGAACCGAGAAACCGGCUGUCGCGGAUGGUGAAGAUCAAAAUGAAAAGGGCCAGACAACGUUGCUGGAGGAGAGAGAGACCCCAACGCAGCCGGAGUCCAUAUCCAUCGAAGCGUCUGCUGGGCUCAAGGAAAUCCCAUCAACUAGUGGCACUGGCGAAGCAGUGGCGACCACCGAAGCUCCUCUCAACGAACCAGUUGUCAGUGCUGAAGAUACGGCUAUCAAUGGACAAGAAGUUGGUGUUACUGCACCUGCAGAGUCAGCCCAAGACACUGAUGUCGAGCCUGUUGUUGAAGAGGAAGGCUUUGCAUCGACUCCCAGCGGGAAGAAGAAUAAGAAAAAGAAGAAGCGGCAGUCGCUUGGACGGAUCACCGAGAACGAUGAAGUCCCGCAAGUGGAGGAGGCUCAAGAAACCAAGCUUGCUCCUAGCGAAGUAAUGGAAGAGAAUGUGGAUUCAGGCCGAUCAGUAGAUCAGCCAGUCAUGGCAGAUGUUUCUGAACCUGUCCCAUCAAUACGCCUUGAUUCUACGGAGCCUGCUGCAAAAUCGAGUCUCCUUUCAUCUCAGCCGUCGGAGCAUGAACUGUCUGCCCCUACGGAGACUACCGCAGGAAUAUCUGAAGCUGCCUCGGAGUCGAUCUCGACCUCUGGCAAGCCGCAGGAAGACUUAUCCAAAGAGCUGUCGGGAGAGGGAGCAGAGCAAGUUGAAGACUUCUUGGCAGUUCCUGGGAAGAAGGGGAGGAAGGAGAAGAAAAAGAAAGGCAAGAAAGAUGCUCAGGUGGCUCAGGCGGAAGAGGGGUCCGACGGCCGUGGCUUCCCUGUCGAUGAGCCCAUGCCAGUCACCGCUGAUGAGACAACUCCUGGUGGUGUCGAUGAGCUACCGGCAGCGCAAGCAGCUGACACAGAGCCCGCAGCAGCCACUGUCUCGCUUGAUCCGUUUGAUGUGCCUGAGUCUGCUGAAGAACAACCAAACGAGUUUUCAACGGCAUCCGCAGAUGUAGACAUGGAUAACGCAGAUGCGGUGCUGGCUGAGGAACCUGUUUCUCUUCAGACGCAACGGGAGUCGGAAGAAAGAUUACGUCGACGAGCUCUAGAGAAAGAAGAUGACCUUGCCGUUGCGGAGGAUCUGUUUGGUGAGCGGACGAAAGAGGUGGUGUCGGAGAAGCCAGUCUCGAGAAAAUCAUCUAAGAAGGAGAAGAAAGCAAAACAGAAGACUCCCGUUGUAGAGCAGACGUCGCAGCCUGAACCCGAGGUCAUCUCCAAAACUACAGAGCCAACGGAGAUCCAGGCUGCCCAGGAACCAUCAGAGGCUGUGUCGCAAGAGUCAGCUGCCAAAACACAGUCCCAGAAUGAUGGGAUGCUCCUGACGCGCAGUUCAUCCAAGAAGAAGAAGGGGAAGAAGAAGCGGAUGGACUCGCAGGUCUCGGAGCGUGGUGAAGCGCCUGUCGAAGUUCAUGUAGAAGGGACUGCCGCGCCAGCCGAGGAGAAUGCUCCUGUACCAGAGGAACACAAACCCACCAAGGAUGAACCUUCUCUGGAACGUGAGGCAAAAACCGACAUCAAAGAGUUUGAGGAGACUACAGCAGCUCCUGUCGAACCAGCUUCACAACCCGAAGAGCUCUCGGCGGAAACAAUCUGGUUGGCGCCGAUAAGCAAGGCGGAUAAGAAAAAGAACAAGAAGCGGGCAAAGAAAGAGGAAAAGAAACAGAAAGAAGAAGCGGAGGUUGUUGCUGUACCCGAGGAAGAGCAACAAUCAGCCUCUAUUGCAGAGCCGGAAUCGACAGUGCCUAAACUGGACGAGGCCAUUACGGAAGAGAAGACAAUAUUACCAGGUCCUCAGCCUCCAAAUGAGCAACUUCAGUCUGAGGAGACAUGGUCCGAUCCUACAAAGAAGGACACACAGGAGGAACAAUCUCUUGAAAUGGGUGCCGCAGAUGGCCUACUUGACUCUGCUGCAUUGGCAGAGGCUACCGCGGAGUGCUCUACGCCAGAAAGAGAAGGGGCCGAACAGGAGCCACAGCCCGAAGAUUCGAGCAAGGAGACGGACCAGACAAGCAAGAGUGUCAAAGACGAUCUAUCCACUUCGUACGAGCAGGACAAGACCCAACAUUCAGAACCGGAACAGUCUUCCCGUCGAGAUCCGUCUCCGUCUCCAAUGCCAGCCCAGCAGCCAUCGACGAGCCGAAUUGCCAGCAUCUUUCCUCACCUGGAGCGGGUCACCUUCCGUCGGCCAUCUCCCAAGACGAUACCAUCAGAAAUCGAAAAGGAAUCACCCGCGCAGGAAUUAGUCUCUACCUCUCAGCAAACCACCGAUAGUGGUGGUAUCGGCAUUUCCGUCGAAAUUGACCCAUCCUACAACGUCUCGGCGCUGUCUGACGGCGGCAACGGGGCACAGGAGCGAGCCGUCGAGAUUCACUGGCAGGCUGAGAGUGAAGAACCGACCAAAGACAAAGAGCCUACACCGCCCUUGACUGACAAAGUACCUGAACGUGAUUCUGUUCCAUCCCCUGUUGAGGCGACACCCAAGGAUCGCUCUUCGUCGAUCCUCUUUAAUUCCACUCCUUCCACUCGUACCGAUCUUACUCUAGACAGUCAUCGUCGCAGUACUACACCUCCAACUCGCUUUGCACCGCCCUCUAGUGGUGGCCUGCAUCGCACCGCCUCUAUACACGGUCGUCACACCGGCCCUAAGCAUAGCUGGACGCUGGACGACGACACGCCCUCGAAGCGCCUGCCGGGUUCUCCCCCGCGACCGCUGCCAGGCGACCACGCAGAUCUCACGCCACCACGGACCCCUCUGGAACCGAUCCACGAGGACGACGGGGCCUUGAGAACACCCUCUCCACGACUGUCGCUGGGCCACGAGUCUGUCACUCUUCCUCGCCCCGGCAGCCGUAACAGCGUGGGCAGCGCGCGGUCGCUCCGACGGGUAAACCGCAGCCUCAGCAGCGAUCUGCGAGCGGCAGCAGCCUGCCGCGCGGCGCAAGACGAGCAAAAAAAGAAAAGCACCGCCAGCGACAGCAAUCUAGAUCCGGGGCUGGACGAGGGCGCUGAUAAGGCCGGCGAUAAGGCUCAGCCAGCCCAGGUGGAGCGCGAGCCCCAGGCGGGAUGGGCGGCUGACUCAGCAACCGACGGCUCCCACGCCCAGCCACCCGCCCAGCAACAAACACCCGACGACCGCCUGCUCGAGCAGCUGCCCUCGUCGUCCUCCUACGACCCCAUCACCGACAAGGGCAAGCGCCCCCUGCGCGGCAUGACCGAUGUCUAUGAGGGAUGGGGUGAGACCCCGCACUCUCCGCGGUCGCCCACGCGGCCGCCUAGUGUCCGUCGUCGCCAGAGCAUGCAGCAUCUCCAAGAACUCGAAGCGCGCCUCGACCAGUUAAUCUCGGAGAAUCGUUUGUUGCUUGCAGCCAAGGAAGAGGCUGAGCAGAAGUUGGCCCGCGUGGGUGCUGCACGCCGCAAGAGUGAGGAGGCGCUGAACCGGAGCGACGCCGACCUCCGCGACAAGGAAGCAGAGAUUUCGCGGUUGAAAAGCUCGCUGGAAUGGAUGCAGGGCGAGGUACAAAGGCUAACUCAGGAGAACGAGGCUCUGACGGCAACGAACGCGGGCUUGACCGCAUCCCAUGCCCGUGAAGUCGAGGACCUGCGAUCACAGCACGCCCAGUUGGCUGCUGGCAUGGAAGAUAUCGUGCGCGAAAAAGUCUCUUCCGCGCUGGCAGACAAGGAUGCGGAAUUGCGCCGGCUCCGCGACGAGUUGGCAGCCGCGCGCCAGACAGUACAAGAGCUUCAGCAACAGAUCAUGGCUGCCACCGCGGAUGAGGUGCUGCAAGUGCGUGACGAGGACUAUUUCGAAAGCGCCUGCAAGCGCCUGUGCCAGCACGUCCAGCAUUGGGUGUUGCGCUUUUCGAAACAUUCCGACCUCCGACGUUGCCGGCCCCUGGCUGAGGUCCGGGACCAGUCCGUCGCCGACCGGUUUGACAAUGCCAUGCUAGACGGGUCCGACGUUGAUGCCAUCCUGGCUGACCGUGUACGCCGGCGCGAUGUGUUCAUGGCGGUGGUGAUGGCAAUGAUAUGGGAGUAUAUCUUUACGAGGUACCUGUUCGGUAUGGAUCGCGAGCAGCGCCAGAAGCUCAAGGCCCUCGAGAAACAACUGGCGGAGCUUGGGCCACGGCGCGCUGUCGCUCACUGGCGGGCGCUGACACUAACGCUGCUGUCAAAGCAACCAUCCUUUGCACAGCAGCGUGAAAGAGAUACUGAGGCUGUCGCUCUGGAAAUUAUGGGUACGCUGUCGCAGCUGUUGCCACCGCCCGCGACCGCAGAGACACAGCUGCUCGAGUCACUGCGCGCCGUGCUGCGACGGGCGGCAGACCUGGCAAUCGAGAUGCGCACGCAGCGUGCCGAGUACAUGAUGCUGCCGCCACUGCGGCCCGAGUACAACACGCAGGGCGAGUUGGCCCGCCAGGUGGUUUUCAAUGCGUCGCUGAUGAACGAACGCAGCGGCGCGACGACAUCCAAUGAAGCGCUCGAGGCACAAGGGGCGGUCGUCCAGCUGGUGCUGUUCCCGCUAGUCGUCAAGAAGGGCAACGAUUUAGGAGAGGGCGAUGAGGAGAUCGUCGUCUGCCCGGCGCAAGUGCUUGUGGCACGGCCAGAGAGUGAUCGGGCUUCCGAGAAAGAUCGGAUCUCCGUGGGCAACCGAUCGGUGUCCAGUGUGAUGCCGCCGACAGACAUGGGCAAUAUGAUCUAG